GUCCUGGAUGAGGAUGGCUUCUAUGCUCUUUUGGAGAAGCAUACUGUUAAAGAAGGCGAAGAUACGGUCGAAUCCCCAGCCGCACCCUCUCCGGCCAAACCAGCGGUGAAGAAAGUCAAGACGGACGACUCGUGGAUGCCGCAGAGGAAAAAGACAACCCCCGCCACACCUCAACAGAACAGCUCAGCCGGUGCACUGAAGAAAGGGGACAAGCCAAUGAAGUCAGACCCCGCCAGCACUUCCCGAAGCUCGGGUGGAAAAGGUAGGGUUGGGGUGGCGGUGUGGGUUAUUGACUACGUGAUAUGUGUGUAUGUGUUUCCAUGGACUCGUAGUGACUACGUGAUACGUGUGUAUGUGUUUGCGUGGACUGGUAUUGACUACGUGAUAUGUGUGUAUGUGUUUGCGUGGACUGGUAAUGACUACGUGAUAUGUGUGUAUGUGUUUGCGUGGACUGGUAAUGACUACGUGAUAUGUGUGUAUAUGUUUUCUUCGACUGGUAAUGACUACGUGAUAUGUGUGUAUGUGUUUGCAUGGACUGGUAAUAACUACGUGAUAUGUGUGUAUGUGUUUGCUUGGACCGGUAGUAACUAUGUGAUAUGUGUGUAUGUGUUCGAUUGGUAA